AUGAGUCGCCUCAGCAAUUACCGCGGCAUUCCAGGAGGCGAGCGAAAGCGCUGCAACGAGCCAUCGCGAUCCAUAGACAUGCCGAGAGACCCCGAAACCACGCCCCAGCAGCAGCUCGAGGCGGUCCUUCAGGCCAGCCAAGAGUAUCUGAAGGAGGAGUGGGCCGACGACAAGCAGACCCGCGGCCGAUUACGCGAGAAGCGGCACCGGAAAUCCAAACCAAGUUCCAGAUCCAAAUCCAAAUCCAAAUCCAAGUCAAAGAACAAAUCCGGAAGCCGAAGCGCCAGAUCGCGAGAACGCAGCCCGGCACACGGAGCAGCGCAGAGCCGUCCGCGAUCGAAAACACCCACCCUGGCGCCGGAUGAUGUCCGGAAGACCAAGACCAAGACCCACGAGUCGAAUCAAUCCAAGGGGCUCUUCCGCCAUCUUGACAAGAGUGAGAAGGACUUUGAGUCGCAGGUCGUGCUGAUCAAGAUUCAUUCAAUCGAUGCCUUGGAGCUCAGCAGCUUCAUCGUCCACCCUGUGGUGAAGAUCAGUUUCAUCGACGCCACCACCGGCCAGUACUUGAGCAAGGGCAACAAAGAGAAGCCGGCUACAUAUUUCAACGAAGGGAAAGCCAUUGACUACAUCCUGCCGCUGAUGACGAAGCCAUACAAACUCCAGGGACGCAAGGUCACACCACUGUGGGAGGAAGAAAUUGUUGUCGACGUCGAAUACCUGUCGAUCCUGAAACCCUCUACGAUGAUGCUGUUUGAGGUCCUUGACUUUACAACGAACAGUGCACUGGCUCAAAAAACGCAUGACGGAUGGCACCGGAUAGCGUGGGCAUUCUUGAAGCUGGUCGGCCAUGCUGGCAAUGCAAAUACCGAGCAGAUGGCCCGCCUGCAGAUGUAUCGGUACCCAAAAAUCAAGAACGAGCCUCCGGAGCAAGACAACAUCCCGAAUGCGUACUACUACUGGCAGAUGGAAAAAGAAAAAUACCCUUCGACACUAUACGUGACCGUCAAAGCUCAUGUGCCCCCGAGGCGUCGUCAAGUGAUCCGGCGAGCCAACCUUCCCACGGAUAUCGAGAUCGGAAAGAUGACACUGGAGCAGAUGCUCGAUGAGUAUUCCGAGAAGAAAAAGAUCAUGGAUCCAAUGAUGAAGAGUCUUCUGGCACUGUCCAAUGCGCCAAAGUGGAGACGAGAACCAGGACAAAGCGGCUCGUUUGCAUGCUCCUUCUCCAACGGCGGCAUAUACGUGGCCAUCGCCUGUGUGUCUACAAGCAGCUAUCCGAUCAAGGUCUAUGAUGUCCUCACGGGUGACCGAGUGGCGACUCUUGAAGGACACCAAGAUCUCGUCUAUUCUCUCAGCUGGGCGAGCGAGGAUGACGAGCUCAUCAGCGCAUCCUCCGACGGCACUGUUCGCGUCUGGUUCUUUGGAGGCGACGGGAGCGUGCGCCAAAAGUCCGUGAUAUUGCAUCCGGCCUACGUCUACACUGCGGUAUUCCAUCCCAUGGCUCUGAACCCAAGGCACGUUUCCUGUCUUAACGGUCACUCGUCGCGAGUUAACAGCAUCGUCUUUGGUGAGGAAGGCCGCAAGAUGUAUUCCGGCGACGGCUCCGGGGUCGUCAAAGUCUGGAGCUGUGAGAUCCCAGGGCUACGACGCGGAGAAGUCGCAUACGAUUGCAUCAAGACGCUCUCGCCACUUCAGGACGCCUCCGUAACGUGUCUGAAACUCCACCCAAACUUCAGAAAGCUGUUGAUACGAUACAGCAACGGCACAAUCCAUCUAGUCGACUCGCGUAUCUACAGGCUGCUUACGGUCCUCCAGGACAAGCAACUUGACGCCUCGUACUCGCCGCCCAAGAGCGGACCGCGCUCCACAGGCGAUCACAGCGGAUAUGCAAACCACUUUUGGCGAGCUUCGUUUUCGCCGUGUGGGACAUUCGUUGCUGCCGGUGGCGAGGACGGACAGGCAACAGUAUGGCGCUGCGAUACCGGGGCCAUUGUCACCGUUUACAGACGGUUGGGGCUCCAGUUUCCCAUUGACGACCUGCAGUUUCAUCCGCAUGACCAUCUCAUGCUGUUUAUAAGUUUUGGAUAUCACCAACCGGCCGUGGUUUGGACGUUUGAUGCGGCAGACCCUCCGCUCGCUGCACCGAAAGCAAUGGAGUACCAACUCUCAAGCGCUGCGAUGGGCAAUGAUGACAUUCUCGGAGCCAUGGAACGGAGACGGGAAGAGCUCAACCAGAUCUCGACGGCGCUUACGGAGUCAAUCCAAAACUUGGACAGCGCCUCGCUGGGUCAAAGCGCCGAGUAUUUGGCACCGAGAAAGUCGCUCUCCCGAUAUUCGGGCAAGGCGCGAGCCGUCGACAUUGAUUGA